AUGGUUGAAAAGAGACACAGGGAAGAAGAGGAAGUUGCCGAAUCAGGCACUUCGAAAUCCAUUCUAACACAAAGUGCGGAAAUGUCCUUUCCAAGAGGAGGAGAUUCCGUAUUGACCCCAUUAGAGAUCAAAGAGGUGUCCAAUAAGGCCAAGAGUGAUGUUCUCUUUGAGCAAAAAUCCGUUAUUUCUGGUCAUAAGAAAAAAAGAGCUCGCAAAUCAAAGGUUCGUACUGCUGAUGAAAAGGAUACCGAGGACAAUGAAACUGUUGAUUCUGUUUCCUUUAAGAUUCUUCAGCCAGGUUCAUUUGUUCUUGGAAGGAUCUCGCACAUUAAUAAGAUGGAAAUUGUUCUUUCCUUGUCCGAUAACUUGGAAGGUUACAUUCCAAUUACCAAUUUGAGCGACGAGGUGAGCAAAACGUUGAGUGUUGUCGACGACGAAGAUGAUGAUGAUGAUGAAAGUAGCAGUGAUGAUGACGAAGAAUCCUCUAUUCCAUCACUUUCAUCUCUUUUCACCAUAGGACAAUAUUUGAGGGCCAUAGUUACUGAAAAUACCUCCGAUACGGGUAAGAAGCGUCUAGAGUUAAGUAUUGAACCUAGCAAAGUAAACGAGGGCAUGGAAAAAGAUGAUUUUUGUGUGAAUACCAUAGUUCAAGCAUCUGUUAAGUCUGUCGAAGAUCACGGUGCCAUUCUAAAUGUAGGACACUCUCAUUUGAGUGGUUUCAUUUCCAAAAAGGAACUUCCUUCUAGCGUUGAUGUUGGAUCUGUACUUCUCGUCGUUGUCAGUAAAAAAAGCGGUAGAACCAUUACUGUCAAGCUACCUACUGAAACCAUUGUGAAGAAGUUGAAUACUGUUCAGAGUGCCACAAAUGUCAAUGCCAUUCUUCCUGGAAUGCUUGUUGAUGCUGCUGUGCUUAACGUCUUUGCUGAUGGUAUUAUUGUCAAAGCUCUCAAUCUUUGUAAUGGUUCUAUUAGUUGUAUGCAUCUCGGCUUCUAUGAAUUAGAACAGCUGAAGCAUAGAUUUUCCACAGGAUCUCAGAUCAAAGCCAGAAUUAUCGCUUCUUACAUGAAAAAUGGACAAAAGAAGGUCAUGUUGUCUAUACUACCACACAUCCUUACGCUUAGUCAAUUUGCAUAUGAUCCUGAAAAAGAUUCCGAUCCUUUGGAAGCUUUCCCAAUUGGCCAUAUAUUUGAUGAGGUUAUUGUCAAGGGCAAGGAUAGCCACUAUAUUUUUAUCGACGUCGGUAGUAGAAAUGCUAUAGGACAAGUGUUCAAGACACGUGUUUCUGAAAAUGCUGAUCUCGAUAUGGAUUUCAAGAUUGGUUCUGUUCACAAGGCUAGAGUGCUUGAUUACUCCUCUUUUGAUAACAUCUAUAUUCUUACUAUGGACAAAGCUCAGAUCAACCAAAAGUAUCUUAGAAUUGAAGAUCUUCCUACUGGACAACUCAUUCAUUGCAAAGUGGAAAAAUUGGUGCCGGGAAAGGGUGUUCAAGUUCGCAUCGAGAACGAGUUCAACGGAUUUGUUCCAUCAAUUCACAUGAGUGAUAUCCAUUUGGCUUAUCCUGAGAGAAAGUUUAAGAUUGGAAGUAAAUUCAAUGGAAGAGUUUUAAGAGUGAGUACAGAAGGUCGCAGACCAAGUGCUUUCGUUUCUUUGAAGAAGUCUUUGGUUCGUAUUGAGAAUGAAGAUGAAGUAGUUAAAUCUAUGGACGAUGCCGUUGUUGGCAAGAAAGCUCCAGCUACCAUCGAGCGAUUCUAUCCAGGUGGAUGCCUUGUGAGCUUCUUUGGUGAUGUUCGAGGAUUCCUACCAAUCUCGGAGAUGAGUGAAACAUAUGUCAAAAAAGCUGAAGAUCAUGUUAAACUUGGUCAGACUGUGAGGGUGACGAUGAUUGAUGUUGAUAAAGAGAAGGACAGAAUCAGAGUAAGUUUACGUGCCUCUAGUACCAUAUCUGAAUCUCAAACAGACGCCUUAGAAGACAUUGUUCUCGGGAAGACUAUUGUUGAAGCACAUGUUGUGGAACGAAACAAGGAUUGUCUUAUUCUUGAACUUCCUCCUUCAGGAGUAAGGGCUAUUCUACCAUACGGCCAAGUUUCAGAUGAAAAUUACGAGAACAGCAGAGCUCGUAUGAAGAAAAUUUCCGUGGGAAGUACGGUGAAAGUGGUUGCUCUUUCGAAAGAUCACAAAGGUCGCUUUGUGAAUGUUUCCUGUAAGCCAUCUAUUCUUAAGGAUGCCGAGGCUGGUAAGUUUCCUUCAAGUUAUUCUGAGGUUGCUCACUCGCAUGAACUUUUACACGGAUGGGUUAAAAAUGUUAAUACUCACGGUGUGUUUGUGUCCUUUGCAGAUGAGUUGACCGGCCUUAUCCUUCCACGAUUUAUUAGUGAAGAUAUGGCUGAAGAUUUAGAGAAGAAUUUCUUUGUGGGCCAGUCGAUAGCAUGCAAAGUUGUGGAUACCGAUGAUGCACACGAACGAUUUUUGUUGAGUAUGCGUGAGGAUGGAAUUGUUGUCUCUGAGACCGCAGUUAAUCCUGUGGAUAAAUCCGUUAAGUUAUUGAACGAGUUUGUGCCGGGUAAGACUACUAAGGGUAUCAUAAAAACUGUGCAGCCAACCCAGUUGACAGUUAAAUUGGCCGAUAACCAGCUGGGACGUCUCGACAAAGUCGAUAUUGCGGAUACUGAGAAGUCUUUUUCAGAUUAUAAGACAGGAGAUGUGCUUAAUGUUCGUGUUGUCGGAUAUUUUGAUUCCCUCAACCGUACCCACAAUUUUGUUCCUAACAGAGACAUGUCCGACACUACUAUUAAGUUGUCGAUGAAGAAGAAUGACGUUGUUUCGAUUGAAGACCUCGAGGAAGGCCAGGAAGUUACUGCAUUCGUGAGUAGGGUAUCUGAAGAUGCCAUAUACGUGGACAUAUGCCCUCAGGUGAAGGGUAAGGUGUCUAUGGCUGAUCUUAACGGGGAGGCCUUGGAACUUGAUGAUUUGGACCAGUCCUACCCCGUUGGAAGUGCUCUACAACUUGUGGUGAAAUCUGUUGAUAAAGAAAGUUCAUUGGUGAAAUUAUCUGCAAAAGAAGGUAGCACUAAUUCCUUUGAAUCUAUUAAAGUAGGCACAAUUCUACCAGGAAAAGUCUUCAAAGUUGAAGAGACUUACGUUCUUGUCGAUCUUGGACACAAUAUUGAGGCCAUGUCAUAUAUCACUGAUGCUCUUGAUGACUAUUCGAAAACCAUGGAAGACACUUUUUCUAUUAACCAGAAGGUGAUGGCUAAAGUGACCGAAAUCGAUACCUCCAACGGACGUAUAUUCGUUUCAUUGAAAACCAAAGAUGUUAAGGAUAGACUCAUCGAGAAAUCGGAAGAUAUCAAAGUUGGCGAUGUUCUGAGAGGCAUUAUCAGUAACAUUUCCGAUAAAGGUGUCUUUGUGGCUUUUUCCAGAAAGCUAUUUGCAUUUGUUAGGGUGUCAGAUUUGUCAGAUUCCUUUUUAAGGGACUGGAAGUCUUUCUUCAAACUUUAUCAGCCAGUUAUUGGUAAGAUUGUUCAUUCGGGAGGUGCUGGAAAAAUUAUGAUGAGUUUGAGAGAGAGCGAUGUGAGCUCUAAAGGUGGUCUAAAAAGAUUCGAAGACUUGAAGGUGGGUGAUAUAUUUAACGGAUCGAUCAAACGGGUUGUUGACUUUGGUGUUUUUGUUAAACUAGAUGGAACUGUGAAUAUCACUGGUUUGUGCCAUCAUUCCCAAAUUUCCGAUAAUCGUAUCGAUGAUGUUGCCAGUAUAUUUGCUGAAGGUGAUAGAGUGAAGGUCAAGAUAAUGGAAAUUAAUCUGGCUAGAAAACAGUUGUCUCUAGGUAUGAAGGCUUCAUUCUUUAAGGAAGUAGACGACGACAAGUACAGCGAUGAAGAGACUGCAUCAGUUGGUGGCGAAGAUGGCGAAGAUGUUGAAAUGAGUGAUGAUAAUUCUGACGAGGACAAUAGUGAUGAAGAUAUUGUUGAUGGUAAUGAAACUUUAGAUCUUCCUUCCAAUCCAUCUCAAGGACUCUCGGCUGGUUUCGACUGGACAGCUUCUAUUCUUGAGCAGGCUAAGGAUGAUGUUGAGAGUGACGAUGACGAGUACGAUGAGAACUUGAAGAAGAAGAAGAAGAGAUCUAAACUUUCGACUGCAGUAGAGGAUAAAACUGCAGAGAUCAACACUCGUGCUCCAGAAUCCGUAUCUGACUUUGAAAGGUUGCUUGUGGGUAAUCCGGACUCUUCUAUUCUUUGGAUUCAGUAUAUGUCGUUCCAAUUGCAGCUUGGUGAAGUGGAUAAGGCCAGGGAACUUGGUAAGCGUGCAUUAAAAACAAUAAACUACAGAGAAGAGCAGGAGAAGUUGAAUAUCUGGAUCGCCAUGCUCAAUAUGGAGAGCAUGUUUGGCACUGACGAAAGCUUGGAAAAGAUCUUCAAAAAAUCAUGCAAGUACAUGGAGCCAUAUGCAAUUCAUCAGAAGUUGGUGGCUAUUUGUGUGGCUUCUGAAAAGUUUGACAAGGCUUCUGAGUUGUAUCGUGUGAUGUGCAAGAAAUUUGGAUAUGAUCACGUGCCUGUUUGGGUUUCUUACGGAUCAUUCCUUAUCGACAGAGAUGAAGCUGAUGAGGCUCAUAAGGUUCUUUCCAAUGCUUUACAGAUUCUUCCGAAAAGAAGUCAUGUUGAGGUUGUUAGAAGAUUCGCCCAGAUGGAGUUCGAUAAGGGUGAUUCAGAGCAAGGUAGAUCUCUAUUCGAAGGUUUGCUUUCCGAUGUUCCAAAGAGACUCGAUUUGUGGAACGUUUACAUUGAUCAGGAAAUUAAGAAUGGCGAUAAGAAGAAGGCCGAGUCUCUCUUUGAGAGAGUGAGUGCUCGUAAAUUAACUAAGAAGCAGGCCAAAUUCUUCUUUGGUAAAUGGCUAGCCUUUGAGGAGAAGGAGGGUGACUCUAAAGCUGGAGACUACGUGAAGGCCAAGGCAGUAGAGUACGCUCAAAAGCUUGUCGAUAAACAGUAA